GAGCCCCCAACCUUCGCUUUGUAGUAUUAGAGUCUUAUCCUUAGAUCCGUUCAAGAAAAACCUAAUGGAACCAACCGUUCUUAUGGCACACCUUCUUUGGUGGGGAAGUACUUCGCACAAAAACUACAUGAUCACGCCGGCCAGAAUCUAACGUCUACUAAAGGAAGCUUGUCCUUUACUUGUUGCAUAAAGAUGGCAUCUGGUUCUUCCCAUGAUGAAAAUAAAAAGAUUGGUUGAAAUCUAAACAGAAUCUAAGUCAUAGAUAAAUUUUCUGAACGAGGAAAUCUGACCUCUAGGUGAAUACAUAUGAACAAUAUAUGUUUAUAGACACCUACAACCUCAUUUUACUAUAAUCUUAAUUUGAUGGGUUCAAUAUGCAAGGAGUCCUUAGAAAGAUCAUCAGUAGCACCAGAUAAUGAUCAAGAAACAGACACAGGUUUUCGUGGAAAAAGCAAACAUUUGAGCCAUGAUCGAAACAAGAUCAUUACUGAAGCUAAAGGGACCUGCCAUUUAUUUGGAAGGAGAAGUUCAAGAAAUGAUAGUCCAUAUACAGUUUCCCCAAGAAGCAGCCGAUUAUGUCUUAAUUUAUCUGGGAGACCUCCAGGAGCGAAGAGAGCAUUUAUCUGUGGAGUGAGUUACAAGAAGCAGAAGUUCAGGCUCAGAGGAGUUGUCAAUGAUGUGCAUAGCAUGAGAGAUUUCCUUGUUAAACAAUUCAAUUUUCCACGUGAUUGCAUUCUCAUUCUAUCAGAAGAGGAUUCUGAUAUGCCUCCAACAAAGAAGAAUAUUGAAGAUGGUUUUAAAUGGCUAACAAGAGACCUGCAAUUUGGGGACUCCUUGUUUUUCUACUAUUCAGGGCAUGGCUUACGACAACCUGAUUUUAACGAGGAUGAGAAAGAUGGAUUUGAUGAAACAAUAUGCCCCGUUGAUUUUAAAACUGAAGGAAUGAUUGUUGACAAUUAUAUAAAUGAAGCCAUUGUUAGACCACUUAAGCAAGGUGUCAUACUUCAUGCAAUCAUCGACUCUUGUCACAGUGGAACCAUGCUUGACUUGCCACUAGUCUAUAACAAAACCAUGUAUGUGAUUUUUUUAUUUAUAUUUUUUUGAGCUUGAUUUAAUUCCUGUAAUAUAUUAUUAUGAUUCGUAGAAGAUGCUAAGUUAUAUAAUAACAAACUAAAUUUUGUUCUCAACAAAUGCGAGGUUGGCUGAAUGAAUCUUUUUCGGCCAUUUUGUUUGGUUGAACAUGAGAUCUACUGAGCAACUACAGGUUUUGAUGUGCCCUCCUUCGUCUAACCUGUUCAAAUGAGACAGCGUUAUUCUUAUGAACAAGAGCCUGUUUUAGUGUUUCCAAAACAUGUCUCAAGUAUUUAAGUCGUAGUUCUUUUAAUUUAUCCUGUAUUUCUCAUUUCUUAUCUUAUUCCCUUUAGCAGACUCACAUCCAUCAGCAUC